AUGAAAUUCCUUGUACUUAUCAUUUUCCGUGACGUUGCUCGCAAUUGUCGUGAAUACUCGUUGGUUGGUGGUUUGUGGUUGAUAGUUAAGGCUGUUGGACGUGGUCGUUGCUCGAGUUUAGAAAGUGAUAGGGCUUACCGAAUCAAGAAGCCAACAAAAGAUCCACAGUUUCAUCAAAAACUUGGAAUAUGGGAGCAGAAGCAAAACUAUAUCUUCAUCAGCAUUCCAUUCCACAACUAUUUGAGGUGA